GUGAGAAUAUUGUUCAGUCAGAGGGAAGAAUUGCUCAGAAGAAAGAUCCAUCAAAACAACUGCAGCACAGGAUGCCUCCACUGGCCUUUCUUUGCGUCCUUGUGACAGUCUCUGUCACCUGGGCUCGGGCUCAGGUCCCUCUGGUCUCGUCAGAGAUGAUCGACCUUAUUAACAAGGCCAAUACAACCUGGACGGCCGGGCAGAACUUCCAUAACAUUGAUAUCGGCUAUGUGAAGGGACUGUGUGGGACUAUACUGAAUGGACCCAAGCUGCCAGAGGUGGUUCACAAUACUGAAGGCAUAAAUCUUCCAGACAGCUUCGACCCACGCAAGCAGUGGCCCAACUGUCCCACAAUCCAACAGAUCAGAGACCAGGGCUCCUGUGGGUCCUGCUGGGCCUUUGGUGCAGUUGAGGCAAUAUCCGACAGGUUGUGUAUCCACAGUGGUGGCAAGGUCUCUCUGCAGAUCUCUGCUGAAGAUCUGCUGUCCUGCUGUGAUGAAUGUGGCAUGGGCUGUUAUGGUGGGUUUCCCUCAGCUGCUUGGGAUUUCUGGGCAAAGAAAGGGCUUGUGACAGGAGGCCUGUAUGGCUCCAAAGUUGGCUGCCAACCAUACAGCAUCGCUCCAUGUGAGCAUCAUGUGAAUGGAACCCGUCCUCCCUGUCAGGGUGAACAGGACACUCCUAAGUGUAAGGAGACGUGCAUCGAUGGAUACUCGCCAUCCUAUCCGAAGGACAAACACUUUGGUAAAACCACAUACAGCGUCCCAUCCAAACAGGACCAGAUCAUGACUGAGCUGUACAAGAACGGACCUGUGGAGGCAGCAUUCUCUGUAUAUGCAGAUUUUCUGCUGUACAAGACGGGUGUGUACCAGCACGUGACAGGGGAUAUGCUGGGCGGUCAUGCCAUCAAGAUCCUCGGGUGGGGAGAGGAGAAUGGGACGCCCUACUGGCUGGCUGCAAACUCCUGGAACAGUGACUGGGGAGAUAAAGGUUACUUCAAGAUCAAGCGUGGAAAUGAUGAGUGUGGUAUUGAGUCUGAAGUGGUCGCAGGAAUGCCUCUCAACUAGAUAAAAUGAAUCUUGGCUGCAAGCGGCCGUCAAAUCAAGUCAAUCAAUAAAGAUUAAAAUAAAGAUUCUGAUUUAAUUUCACCAACAGGGAAUUAAUUGCACGACAUGGUGAAACAAGAACUUUUGUGCUUUCAUUGUUAUUGUUCUAAAUAAAUCAUUUUGUUGAUUUCCAGGUUUACCUUUUCCUAAUAUUUUUACAGCUUCACAAGGAAGAUUAAAGAUACACAAUAAGAGCAAG